AAUCCCCAAACUGAAAAAAAAUAUAUAUAAUAAAUAAAUAGAAAAUAAAAAUCCCUUCUCUUUGCUGUGUCCCAUGGGCAGCACGACGUCGUUCUGGUUCUUCACUUUCAUUCUCUUCUCCUUCCUCUAUUUCUCCACCUCCGCCAGCCGUGCCCCGCCGCCCGCCGCAGCCGGGCCCGUCUGCGACUCCACCCCAGACCCCUCCUACUGCAAAUCCGCCCUCCCGAACCAAACCGGCAAUGUGUACUCGUACGGGCGGUCGUCGGUCGGAAAGUCGCUGUCGUCGUCCAGGAAGUUCCUCCGGCUGGUGCAGAAGUACCUGCGGACGUCCCGAGGGUCGCUGACGGUGGGCGCGGUGCGGGCGCUGGAGGACUGCGAGCUACUGGCGGGGCUGAACGUGGACUUCCUGACGGCGGCGGUGAGGGCGGUGAACGCGACGAGCAGGGCGCUGCCGGAGAUGAAGGCGGAGGAGGUGCAGACGCUGCUGAGUGGGAUUCUGACGAACCAGCAGACGUGUUUGGACGGAGUGAAGGCGACGGCGGGUUCUUGGUCUGUCAAAAAUGGACUGUCCCUCCCACUUGCCGCUGACACCAAGCUCUACUCCAUGUCAUUGGCUUUAUUUACCAAAGGUUGGGUUCCGAAGAAGAAGAAAAGGGCGACGUGGAACGCCGCCGGAAGACAUGGCGGUUUCAGAAACGGACGAAUGUCGCUCAAAAUGUCGAGCAGAACAAGAGCGAUCUACGAGACGGCGAGUCGCCGGAAGCUGCUCGAGACCGACGGCGACGGCGACGACCAGAUUGCGGUCAGAGACAUCGUCGUCGUCAGUCAAGACGGUACCGGAAAUUUCACCACCAUUAACGAGGCCAUUGUGGCGGCGCCCAACAACUCCGCUUCUACCGACGGCUAUUUCUUGAUCUUCGUCUCCGCCGGAGUCUACCAAGAAUACGUCUCCAUCGCCAAGAAUAAGAGGUACCUGAUGAUGAUCGGAGACGGAAUUAAUCAGACCGUCAUCACCGGUAACCGGAGCGUCGUCGACGGCUGGACCACUUUCAAUUCCGCCACAUUUGCGGUGGUCGGACCUGGGUUCGUAGCGGUGAACAUGACGUUCCAGAACACGGCCGGAGCAGCGAAGCACCAAGCGGUGGCGGUGCGCAGCGGCGCCGACCUGUCGACGUUCUACCUCUGCAGCUUCGAGGGGUACCAAGACACUCUGUACACCCACUCCCUCCGCCAAUUCUACCGCGACUGCGACAUCUACGGCACAGUCGACUUCAUCUUCGGCAACGCCGCCGUCGUCUUCCAGAACUGCAACCUCUACCCACGCCUUCCGAUGGCCAACCAGUUCAACGCCAUCACCGCCCAGGGCCGGACCGACCCCAACCAGAACACCGGCACGUCGAUCCACAACUGCCGGAUCACGCCCGCCGACGAUCUCGCCAACAGCAGCUUUCCGGUCAAGACAUUUCUCGGCCGGCCCUGGAAGGAGUAUUCGCGGACGGUUUAUAUGCAGAGUUUCAUGGACGAUCUGAUCAAUCCGGCGGGGUGGAGGGCUUGGGAUGGGGAUUUUGCUCUCAACACUUCUUAUUAUGCGGAAUUUGGGAAUUUUGGGCCCGGAUCCAACACGUCGGAGAGGGUGGAUUGGCCGGGAUUUCAUCUCAUUAAUGAUACUGACGCCGGCAAUUUCACGGCCGGCAAUUUUGUUUUGGCCGAUGAUUGGCUGCCGCAGACCGGAGUUCCUUACGCCAGUGGCCUGACGGGGUAGUAGAAAACAGAGCGAAAAUUUCUUUUUUCUUUUUUUUUUUCCUUUUAAAUUUCUUUUUAGUGAAAUUCCAAAGCUAAGCUUCAGGAAUGUAUAGCAGCGGGAUAAUUGAUUCUUUGUACGGUGAUUGAUUUUCAAUACAUGAGGGCAAAAAUGGAACAACCAAUAAAUAAUAGCUGCAUUAAUUUUAGAACUA